AUGGCGGCCCUUCGCAGCAUCCUACGUCACACCUCCAAAUCACCCAACUUCAUCUCACUCCCUCGGACAACAAGCCGCCUCAACCACACCCAAACCAACAGCAAACAAGCUCGCUUCCCCCCAGUCCUAAUAGCAGCCGCCGUCCUCGGCACAGCAACUUACUACGCCCUCUCGCCAUCGACCCCCAAGACUCUCAACCCUGUCACCUUCACCCCCUACACCAUCACAUCCAAGCACACUAUCUCCCCUACAUCCGUCAUCUUCACCAUCUCACCGCACCAACACGACCCGUCGCCACCAUAUCUGUCCGAAUCAAAAUGGAAGUACCCCCUCUGGUCGGUCGAGUUCAAGCAGCCCGAGGUCCAAAUCGCGCGGCACUACACACCCCUGCCAGUAGACGCUGAAGACGGCAGCCUCAGUUUCUAUAUCCGCGCCGUGGGAGGCGGCGAAAUGUCAAAUUACCUGAAUAGACUUGCCGUAGGACGAGACGUGUAUCUCCGGGGACCGCACGCUGGUUUUGAUAUCCUACAAAGACUGGGCGCACAGAAAAACGUGGUGUUUCUGGCAGGUGGGACUGGCGUAGUUCCGGGGAUGCAGGUAGCGAGGGCUGUUCUGGAGAGGGACUCCUCGUCGAGAGUCAAGAUACUCUGGGCGGUGCGUAGGAGGGAGGAGCUACAAGGGCGUCAGGCAGGGUGGACUUUUUGGAGGACACCAACAGAAGUCACGGGUGAGUUGGAGGAUGCGAGCGCAAUGGGGGAGCGGCUCGCGCGGAUGAAGGCCAAGUAUGGUGAGAGACUUGUCAUUAAGGUGGCGGUAGAUGAGGAACGAACUCGAUUCACGGAGAGGGAUGUGCGGGAUGCGUUGGCGGAGGGCGGUCAGGCCACGCCUGGUGAUGGGUGUAGACUGCACGAUCAAAGGCUUCAUACACGGGUUUCUGAAUUUGAAGAGCCGGGUGUGCCGUGUGAAUGUGCUGCGUCGGCCGCGCCAGGGAAGAAUCUGCUCAUGGUUUCAGGUCCGGAUGGGUUUAUAGCACAUUAUGCCGGAGAUAAGACUUGGCGUGGUGGUACGUUGACGCAGGGAGGUGUAGGCGGUGUUGCGGGCUUAUUGCAGAGAAGGAAUCCUGCCUUGGCGAACGACUGGCUUGUUUUGAAACUGUAA